UACCGGAAAUAUUAGUUUCGAGGACUACCUCGGUCUACAGGCUUGUCUAAUCGAGUGGGCGGACAGUUACGACACUAAGGACUGGAAUAGACUACGGGGGUGUAUAGCGCCUACUCUGCGCAUUGACUACCGCUCGUUCUUAGACAAGCUUUGGGAGGCGAUGCCGGCCGAGGAAUUCGUGACUAUGGUUUCGUCCCCGGCGGUACUAGGGGACCCGCUGCUCAAGACGCAGCACUUCAUUGGUGGCUCCAAAUGGGAGAAGGUAUCGGACACAGAGGUUAUAGGCACACAUCAGCUGCGUGUGCCGCACCAGCGGUACACGGACUCGACGCGCAGCCAGGUCGCUGUUAAGGGCCAUGCUCAUUCUACCAAUGUCCAUUGGUACCGCAAGGUUGACGGCGUCUGGAAGUUUGCUGGUCUAAAUCCUGACAUCCGCUGGAGUGAGUACGACUUUGAGAAGGUAUUUGCCGAUGGCCGUGAAGAGUUUGGAGAUGCCAUUGCUGCGAAGGCGGAGGGUAUCCCGGUUAAGUUGGAGGGUCUUGCGGCUAGUCUAUAAGGGUUAUUUAGGGGGGACGUUCUCGGUUACUAUAGGCUCGGAUGAUGUUUGAGGAAGUUUCUCUCCUAUUAUGUGUAUGUUGAAUGGUUGGUAUACACAUGGUAGAUAAUUGGAACAAGAAGUAUUCGGUAGCAUUCGUAUUCAUAUGAGUUGUUCGAGUCUAUUGUCUAACCGCCCAAUGUGGGGAAAGUGGUGAUCGAAA